AUUGAUUUUUCAUAUAGAGAAAAGACGAAACUUUUGCACAUUCGAUUGUGUUGUAGCGGUGCAUAGACGUGCAGGCAGCGAAAAUUGCACUACGUCACAAGCAAAGUUUUCUUUAAUCUUUGACUUUCGACUUUUGUACGGACAAAGGAAAUUCGAUUUGCUUCCUUAAAAGCCGGCAUCAAACAACGUAGUAGCGUUCACAGUGUAAUCGGUCAAAUCACAGCUAAACAGAACGAAAUCUCGCCGGCAUUGAGACUAUCAGCGUGUUUGUAGCCUAAAUUUACAAGAUGGGUAAGGAGAAGACUCAUAUUAAUAUUGUCGUGAUUGGUCACGUCGACUCGGGUAAGUCCACCACCACCGGUCAUUUGAUUUACAAGUGUGGCGGCAUUGAUAAGCGUACGAUUGAGAAAUUCGAGAAGGAAGCUCAGGAAAUGGGUAAGGGCUCAUUUAAGUAUGCCUGGGUUUUAGAUAAACUGAAAGCCGAGCGUGAGCGUGGCAUAACCAUUGAUAUUGCUUUGUGGAAAUUUGAGACGCAAAAAUACUAUGUGACCAUCAUUGAUGCGCCUGGACAUCGUGAUUUCAUCAAGAACAUGAUUACUGGUACUUCGCAAGCCGAUUGUGCGGUAUUGAUUGUGGCGGCCGGUACCGGCGAAUUCGAAGCUGGCAUUUCCAAGAAUGGUCAGACGCGUGAACAUGCACUAUUGGCAUUCACUUUGGGUGUUAAGCAAUUGAUUGUUGGUGUGAAUAAGAUGGAUUCCACCGAGCCGCCGUACAGCGAGGCACGCUAUGAGGAAAUCAAAAAAGAGGUUUCAUCGUACAUCAAGAAGAUCGGCUAUAACCCAGCAUCGGUGGCUUUUGUACCGAUUUCCGGUUGGCAUGGCGACAAUAUGCUUGAACCAUCUGAGAAGAUGCCUUGGUUCAAGGGUUGGACUGUGGAACGCAAAGAGGGUAAAGUGGAGGGCAAGUGCUUGAUUGAUGCGUUGGACGCAAUAAUGCCACCGCAGCGGCCCACCGACAAGCCAUUGCGUUUGCCAUUGCAAGACGUCUACAAGAUUGGCGGUAUCGGCACGGUACCAGUGGGACGUGUGGAAACUGGUAUACUGAAACCAGGUAUGGUGGUGAAUUUCGCACCGGUCAAUUUGGUAACUGAAGUAAAGUCUGUUGAGAUGCAUCACGAGGCACUCUCCGAAGCUUUGCCCGGUGACAAUGUGGGCUUCAAUGUGAAGAACGUUUCCGUUAAGGAGUUGCGUCGUGGCUACGUAGCUGGUGAUUCUAAAAAUUGCCCCCCGAAGGGCGCCGCUGACUUUACAGCUCAGGUGAUUGUUCUUAAUCAUCCUGGCCAAAUUGCCAAUGGUUAUACUCCGGUUUUGGAUUGUCACACCGCUCAUAUUGCUUGCAAAUUCGCUGAAAUCAAAGAGAAAUGCGAUCGUCGUACUGGCAAGACCACCGAAACUGAUCCGAAAGCUAUCAAAUCCGGUGAUGCGGCCAUUAUUAUGCUUGUGCCAACCAAGCCGUUAUGCGUUGAAAGUUUCCAAGAGUUUCCACCGCUCGGGCGGUUCGCUGUACGCGACAUGAGGCAAACGGUCGCUGUGGGGGUCAUUAAGUCGGUCACCUUUAAAGAGACAACCUCGGGUAAAGUCACAAAAGCCGCCGAGAAGGCACAGAAGAAGAAAUAACUAGAGUGCCAGCAGAACAUUAAAUCACAACAACUAAUAAGUAUGCAGCAAUUAAAGCAAAUACAAAUACAAUUUGUAUUAUCGUCAUCGUCAUCAAUAAUGUCGUUGCCAUCAGAGUCGUUGGAGUUGUCAUUUUUAUUACCGCUGUCGAAUGCAAUAUCGAUGUCGUGGUUAACAACGACAACCGCAAUUACUCCAAAAGCAACAACAGCAAAAAUACUACAUAAAUCUCAAAAGAAAACAUUUAAUAAGCAUAAAUUUAAAAGAAUACUACAAUUUACUAUUAUCAAUGAUAUGAAUAUGAAUAUGAUAAGCAAUUAUUAUGAUAGUAAUGCUAUGACAUUCAAUGUGAGCAACAACAUCAACAACAAAACAAACAUCAACACAAAGCACACCAUUGAACACCCAUUUAUGUAUGACUACAUCAAUUAUUAUAGACAUGCUUCAUGCUACAAUUACUACAACAAUAACAAUACCGAGAGCAUAAACAUAAACACCAAACCCAUUCCCCCCGUCACCUAUAGUAGUGAAAUUUCAACAACAAAAGUAAAUAUCUGCUCAUCAGAAAUGAUUAGCAACAAAUCGGCCUUCCCGCAGACAUCGGUUGGCUCUGGCAUAAUUGAGAAGGCAUCACCCCCCAUGCAAGUAGUCAAUAACAAAAUAAAAGACACUGAUAACAUAGAAACACCACAAUUUGCAACAAAAACUCCUUCAUGUGCUAUUCCAUGCCCAAUCACUACUUCAAUUACGCCAAUUUCUUCCACACAGUUUAUAGCCAUACGUGAAGCAGCUCAUUUAGCAAUCAAUACCAAACUAAUUAUGUUAUUAUUUUCAAUUGUAUACUAUAUUUAUAACUUUCUUAAUCUAUACCGUCAUCGCAAAUCGUUUCGCAGGAAAUCUGGUUAUAACGUUUUGUUGAAAACAAACCCAAUGUCCACAACUAUCCCAUACAAUAUCGACAUUAACGCACUUAGCAAGUGGUCAUACAUUUCAUAAUUAGAAUGUCCAACCAAUAAGUUUCAUAGAUGAUGCACGCUCAUCACGAUUUAUGCAGCAAACAAUGUCAGCUUAUCCCUUAUCGUAUUCCCUCAUUAUAUUAGUGAUCACAAGUGUACAUUUGAAUGUAUGCGAAUUCAUAAAUUUCCUAUUACCGAUAUGAAUGCAUACGUUUGUAUUGUAUUGUAGAUGUAUUUCAACACCAAACUGUGAGACUCAAUCGAAUUGAAUUCAUUUUGUUAUUAAUUCAUAUAAUUAUUAUUAAGUUUUUUAUAUAUGGUAUUGUGAAACCCAACCAAAGUUGGUAAUACUCUUAAUCGCCCUAUCCAACAUAAACAACAAACACACGCACUCCAAUUACAACAACAUAAACUUUUACAGAUUAGCCAUUUUAUGCAAUACACUCCAACCACUUGGACAUCAUACAAAUGCAAAAGUAUCAAUUUACACGCCAUUAACACUUUACAACCUGCUUAUUUGGACCAAUCAAACUGUGUGCAAAUAAGCAAAAACCCCAAAACUGACAUGCAACUCGCGAAAAUUAAAGGCCAAAUAGUUUUGUUGCGCCUGUCAUCAAGUUCUGUUAUUCCGCAAACUUGUUGUCAAGGUCAUACAUAUACAUACAUACAUAUGUAAUCAAAACAUGCAAAGAAAGCAUAAAAUGCAAAGACACAUACACAAACACACCUCAAUGGAUGCACACACACACACACAUACAGACAUACAAUACAACUAAUCACUUGAAUGCAUAAAUGCAAAGCAUGAAUAGACAGUGAAUGUGUACUAAUUAAAAUUAAUAAACGAAAAUCCCAAAAAUACAUACAUAUAUGAAAAUAAAUAUAAAUAAAUGUAAAAGCUGGAGUUGCUUAAAUAAAGAUGAAACAUUUCAAUGGUAUGAUUGAAAUCAACAA